GCGAGGCGCCAUUUUAUGAGGAAAAACGGCGGCCGCUGCCCGUUAGCGGUAGCGUGGGGCGGUGUGCCGUGGCUGAGGGGCGGGGGGCUCCCACCCCUUUUUAUUUCCCUUGGCGCUUUCUCCUCCUUUUAAUCCUUUCUCUCCCCCUUCCCUCCCUCUCAGAUUCGCCUCCCUCCCUCUGCUUUUGUUAUCCCUCCCCUCGCUUCCUCCCCUCCCUCCCCUCCCCGCCCCCGCCGGCACUGCGGAGCCGGAGACGUGACCCGGGCGGACCCAGCCGCGGCCUUUUCCCCGCUGCUCCAGCCUCUCGCCGCAGAGUCGCAUGUCAUCUAUCCAGAACCUCCAAUCCUUCGACCCCUUUGCUGAUGCAACAAAGGGUGACGACUUACUCCCGGCGGGGACUGAGGAUUACAUUCAUAUAAGGAUCCAGCAACGAAACGGAAGAAAGACACUAACAACUGUUCAGGGAAUUGCAGAUGAUUAUGACAAGAAGAAACUUGUGAAAGCUUUCAAAAAGAAAUUUGCUUGUAAUGGUACUGUGAUUGAACAUCCUGAAUACGGUGAAGUUAUCCAGCUUCAAGGUGACCAGAGGAAGAACAUUUGCCAAUUCCUCUUGGAGAUUGGCAUUGUCAAGGAAGAACAACUGAAAGUUCAUGGUUUCUAAAAUACCUGUACUCUCAUGAAGAACCCUGCAGUAUUUGGUCUUACCUAGCCUGGCUCUUCUGUGAAAAAUGAAUCUUUGCAGUGAAUGGACUUCCAUGUUACCUGAACAUUUAAAAUUUGAUUCACAUUUGCAUGACUGCGUGAAACAUGUGGUGUGUAGACUAGAAACACAUAAGAAAACUUCAGUGAGGUGGUAAUGAAGACACUUGUGAACUUUAACACAUUUCCAAUGGAAAUGUUUUAGCAAUGCUUGUUCAGUUGAGUACUCACCACCUGACUGAAAUGUGUGGGUUGUAUUACAAUAGAGUGUGUUGUUGCUUAAAAAUAAAAGUUUAUUCAUAUAUUUUCUGGGAUAUCUGAAAUGCUUUAGCUUAAGUUUUAAACUAGCGCAAGCAGCCUUACUAAAGACUGGCUUAACUGAUUUGUUGCAAGUGUAGCUCACUGCUGAUUGAAUAAAUUGGAAAAUCUACUUAAUAAAGUGUUAGCUAAUUAAUCAGUAGAUUAGCUUGAUGUGAUCUUAUCCUGUAGCUGUAAGACUAGAGCUUUAAAGUCUUUUGUGUAGGUGUAUUUUAGUAGCAGCAUGAUAAGACAUAAAUUGUUUGCUGAGUAAGUAACUGGAUCUUCUCUAAAAUUUACUGCAGUGACUAUGAAGUAUUAGUGUUAAGCAUAGUAGGACUAAAAUAAGCUGAACUCCUUAAGGCUGCUAUUACUGAUAACAUGCUAAACAUCUAGGUCUUGCAUAGUAAUCCCAAAACAUUUGAAGGAAAUGCAUGGGAUUUUGUAUCUCUUCUGUCACUGAGUGAAGGGAAAAGACAUUGAGUUAGCUUCUGCCAUGACUGUGCCUUUAACAUUGGCAAGCAGAGCGCUUUAGUUAGCUGGUAGUGUUAGCUGCAGAAGUAAAGAAGGGAACAGGCUCUAUGCUAACCUUUUUACCUUUUUUUUUUGGUUUUUUUUUUUUUUUUUUUCCUGGUAUGAAAAGUUUUGCUGUGAUUAAUGUUUAAUAUGGAGGGGUUUGUAGUGGGGUUUGGGUGUUACUACAGAAAGCUGAUUUAGCCUACUUUUUUAGCAGGCAAUUUAUUCAGUGUUAUCUGAAGUUAUAAUAGGUUUGUUCCACCAUGCUUUUCAUCUAGUUUUACUUAGCUGUAGGCAUUUGGUAUUCUGCUUUUAAGAGAUGUCUCUUUACAGAAUGAAAUUACUUCAUUUGGUGAAACAUGCAAAACAUGUGUCUUCCUUGUGAGACAGGCAUGGAAAUUUUCUCUGAAACAUUUGAAAACAUGCUGAGCUGGGAAAUGGUAAAAAUAGCGGGAAAUGUUAAAAAAACCUUCUUGUAAUAUAAUGCAUUCUCUGGAAAGGAAGAAAGAGACAUUUCUUUACUGCUAAGACUUAUUAAUAACAACUUAUUCAUAGAAAAAAAAAUCGAUGACUACCUAAGUAAACAUCAAGAAUAGGCAAAACUAUAUUACUCUAAUAUCACCUGUGCCUAUACUUUUUUCCUGUUCAGACUUGACUUUCUAAACAGAAAUGCUAAAUUUUAACUCACUUGAACUUUUUUUUUUUUUUUUGAUUUCUGGAUUUAGAUAUGAAUCUUUAUGGCAUUAGCAACAAUUAGGGGAGCAUUAUAGAGCAUUUAUAUGACAAUUUCUCUCUCUGUCUGGUCUAGACAAUUCCACCUGUAAGAAUCCAGUGUCCAGUCUCUCAAUCUCCACAAAUUCUGCCUGGUGUUACAGAUCUUAACUGUUCCAGACAAAGGAUGUUCCAGAAGAUUGUAUACUGUUAAGGUAUAAUGUGUUCAAGAGGAGAAGGAGGGAAUGCCUGCUGCAAAACAUGAAAUGCCAGCACACAGAAGGAAAAUCCAAAGAAUAAGUCUUUUGCAAGUUUUGCACAUUAGCAGAAUAAAAUCAUUAUACUGCAAGUUUACCUAGUCCUGAUUCAUAGGUGCUAAGGUAAUUAAUCCUUUGGGGGUACCUAGCACUUAGUGAUUUUCAUUUUCUCAAAUGCCGGACAAACAGACGUUCUUAUUUAAAGCUUGCUCUCCUGCUCAAGAGGAAAAACAAGCAGUAUCUUCUCGUGUUUCACUGGUAUUAUGUGAGUACUUCUGGUGGUUUUUGAAUUGGAGAUUAACAAACGAUUAGCAAGUCUCAUGUGUUACUGAGUCACUCUUCAUUUCAGAUGGCAUUCCAUUAACUUUUACUACCUAAGCUUGAGUCAUUUCUCCAUAGUCAUUCUAUGUGGAAUAAAUAAGAAAAACCUUUGUUUUCUUCCUCCUCAUUUAAAAGUCCUUUCUGGUGGGAGGAAUCUUGCAGUUGAUAGGCGUCUUGGUUUUAUGCUCUAGUGGAGCUGUUUGUAUUUUGACCUUUGACCAAAAUUAAAAGGAGAGGGAAUAAGAAGUAACACAAUUGAAGUUUAAAUACAUGAAAUUUGUUGUGGCAACAAACAAUUUACUCUUUGUAGAAGGAAAGCAGAAAUGUUUGUCCUUGAAGUGUUUUAAACCAGAACAGCGUAUCGAUAAGAUUGUAACUAGUCUUGUUACAAGCCCAAGCCUCUUUGCACAUUCUGGAGGAAGGGCUUCAGCAAUUUCAUUUAUUAUCAUCUUAUGCUGAAACUUCUUUGUCAAAGCUCAGCCUAUUUGGAAUAUGUAUCUGUGUUUCAAGAAUGCUGAAGAACAUGGAAGACUUUGGAAAAGAGCUGUUUAAAUUACUGCCAUGAAAAUCUGUUUUCACAGUGAAGACAGGUUUCAGUCUUUCUGUCUAUUCCAAAAUAGGUUAAAAAAUGGUAAAGGAUGUGGCCCAUAAAUGUCGAGGCAGUAAAAGGGAGCUAAUAAUAGAAAACACUUUUAAAACCUACUAGUGGGACUUGAGACUGGGCAAGCUCAGACUGCAAAGAGUGGCGGCUUUUUUUUUGUUUUGUUGGAAUAUUGUUAAGUCCAUGUCCUUCAGAUCUCCAAACCAAGACUGCCGCCUUAGUGAUAUCUAGGCUUGACCACAAGCUGCAGUUGGAUGUAGGAACUGCCGUUUCAAAUUCACAGCCUUGCUGUUCAUAGUUGUAUUAGGCUGUUGUAGCUGACUCUUUCAGCUGAUACACUGGACUAAGGUGUUGCAUAAAUAAAUUAAUUGAAUUGUCUGUUCAGAGCCUACGUCUACUUAAUGCAGCUAUGAACAGUGAAACCAUCGUUUACCAAAUGGUGGUAGCAGUCCCUAUUUGUAGAAGAUGAGAUUUAGUAAUUUAAGUCUGUAAGCUGCCUACUUCCUCUUGUUGUGUGAAUUAUCAGGCCCUUGAUCUUCACCUGUGGUCUGCUAAAUCUGACCAUGUGUUUCAGAGAUGAGCGUGAAGAGCGCAGCUAUGGGCAGAUGAGCAGUAAUUUUUUCAAGGGAAAGAACCUUUGAAAAGAAUAGUGCCCGGAUUAUGUGUGCAUGCUAUUCAUUGGUCCAGUGGCUUUGCUUAAACCUUAUUUCCUGUACUGCAUUCUUGCACAGCCUAAAUAAAAAGCAUUUUGUUUGGGAGAACUUUUUUGGAGAGGGAGGAGGGAACCCCACAAAAAAAAAACACCUUAGGAAAUAAGUUUGUAUCUUAAGUCUGUUUUCAUUAACUUAGGUUCUCCUGGACUGCAAGACCUCUAUAACAUUUUUAUUUCUGUCUCUGUAUCUUUAAAAAUCCUAAUUAAACUUCUUGAGAGUUUGGCAUUUAAGGUUCUAAAUAUAUGUAAAGCCAUUGUAAAACUUAAAGUUGUGAAGAGUUGUUGAAGCUUAAUUUUUAAAUAUUUGAAAUAAUAAUCAUCAAGCAGAGCUCUGCAUUUUGUCUUAUACUGCCAUCCUACUUAUAAUCGAUAUGUAGUUUUCCUGAAGAUGCAUACAUAUUUACAGACUUGCCAGUAAGUGGAUAUCCUUGCUGCGGUGCAAUACCCUGUUUGUAGUUUUUGUAAGAUCUUAUCUAAUGUGCUGCACUGUUACAGGCUGUAUUACUCUAAUUUUACAGUAUAGGACAGAUGUACCUUCAGUUCUGGUCAGCAAUUAUCUUUUUCUUAAUCCUCCUGGAAGGCUCUAGAGCACAGGAUCCAUGUGAUACAGCCUCGUUUAAAGUGGCUCAGUUGUUCCUCUUACGAUGUGAAAGUAUGUACAAGAUUGGUAUUUAGCCAGUUAAAGAAUGGGAGAGGCCUCUUUAUAGAUUACUUUGGGACACGGUAGGGGUUACUGUCACUUUUGGUGUGUUCAGUGUUCAUUAAUGUCACUGAGUGUUCCUCUAAUUAGUGUGCUACUGCCACUAGGGAAAUGGAAGUGGUCUUAGAGGGUCAUGUGUGUUUAAGUACUAAGAAUCUGCCUUCGUCCUAAGACUCUUCAUAAAUCCAUACUCAGUUUAGUUAGGAACGUGUCUCCCAUGCUUGGCAACAUGAAGGUUAUUUUCCAGUCGCCAGAUCAAAAGCUCUUGAGAUGAGUAAGGGAAAAAAUGACAUAGUUGGUUUUGUGUUUGCUGUACAGAUGCUUCAUGCCUACUGUUUCCAGUUUACAUUUUAAAAAAAAAAAAGGAUUUGUACUUGGCAUGCCUUUUUAAUGUUUACUACAUGCCUGUGAUUGAUCUCUUUAUGAACAAGUCUUAACCUGUAUUGGAGUAUUGCUAGAGAGUUGAGACAACAAAGUCUUUUGAAAUAAAAUGUACCAAUGUUA